AUCACUGCGACAUCAACACAUCUCGGGGGAGGUCACCAUGGCAACAUUUAGGUGCGUGCAGCUUCUGGUGUUGGCUGUUACAGCGGCUGCUCAAUCAACACAAGUUUUACAGGAAUUAUCCAACACCCUCCUCCUCAACCAGCUGGCAAUAUCUAAUGUGCUAGCAGAGAGAGACUCAGGCGUCAGAGAUUGUCGCUGUUCGGGAGGUGAAGAGGAAUCUAAGCGUAGAAUGGCUUUAAGUUGCGAGAGACCAUUCGUAUUCCUGCACGGUCACUGUAUCUUGGUGGAGUCAAAGAAAACGGGCAACUGGAAUGAAAUGAAAACAUUCUGCAACCACAAAGGCACCGAGAUGGUAAAGGUGGACAGUGAGAACUUUAUGUAUUAUCUUGUCAAGUACCUCCACGAGAACGGCUUAGCUGUGGUGGAUUAUUGGGUCGGAGGAUCAGAUCAGGGUAACGAGGGAACGUUCUUCUGGCCCGAUGGUAUCCGAGUCAAGAUGGGAACACCGUUUUGGGGUGACGGUCCUGACGACCAUGUCCAGGAACCUGAUGGAGGCGCCGGCCAGAACUGUAUUGGCAUGUGGAAAGACGAUCAUUAUUUUCUCUUCGAUUAUAACUGUAAUGACAGAAUUGGAGUUAUUUGUGAGAAAGUGUAACUUAAAUAACAGUCACAAUACCGUGACUGGAACAAUACACAAAUAACCCGCACAUAGAAGAGAGGAGCUUAUCACGACGGGCACUUCUUCCUUUAUUAUUUUCCCCCCUCUAGCUCCCUUGUGGGCCCCUAGUUCCUUUGUGGGCCCCUAGCUCCCUUGUGGGCCCCUAGCUCCCUUGUGGGCCCCUAGUUCCCUUGUGGGCCCCUAGCUCCCUUGCAGUGCUCCUCUUAAUAUCUGACUGACUCCACUACUUACUACUACUACUCCGUGAUAAAUAGUUUUGAAAACCGACAGCUUGAAGAACUGAGACACUUAAGCAACAUAUGGGAAUCUUUAUUGAAGAAAUGUUUCGUCACACAGUGGCUUCAUCAGUACAAUACAAAGCAGGAAGGUAUAAGGAGAGGAGGAGUUAAGGUAAUCAGUCCCUCAGCCUGGAAUCGAUGUGUUCUGUCCAUCAC